AUAAAUAUUAUAUUGGUGCUUGAAAGCAUCGGAUCCUGUAUUGCAUGUGGUAGAGCCGAGUACAGAAUAGGGGAUGAAUGUUGUCCCAUGUGUUCACAAGGUAAGGACCGUCUCUUUACAUCAUAUGAAUCACCAGACAUUAAUACAUCAUCAACACCAACAGAAAAACAUGACAUUGUGAUUCUCUCUUCUGCAGGAAAUCGUGUUUAUAAGCAUUGUACUGAAUUCACCAGCACCAGCUGUGUGCCCUGUGUUGAUUCUACAUUCCUUGAUGAGCCCAAUGGUCUCAUGAAAUGCAAAGUGUGUACCAACUGUGAUCCAGGUAAGAGUGGUCCUGUGUGUCUGCACUGAAACCCUGACACAAACACUGACAUGUUAGUCUAUGCUGUUGUGCUAUGAGGAUAUGUCAGUUAGUAUAAAUUAAAUGUGCCUCAUAUUUUGCAUCAGAUAUAACUUAAUGUUUUCUCCAUAGGUUUGGGUUUGAAGGUAAAGCAGCCGUGUAGACCUUCAUCAGACACUGUCUGUGGGACACUGGAGGGGUUCUACUGUCUAGACCCAACUAAGGAUGGUUGUAGAGCAGCCCAGAGACACAGCAGCUGUAAACCUGGUCAAUACAUCAGCCACACAGGUUGGUCUUCUGUCUCACUCAUAAACUCAUAAUUCAUUUGAGUCAAGUUAACUUCAGUGUGAAUAAUCAUUACAGUUAAUGGAAUUAAAUUAGUAGGGGAAAAACUAAAUGCAAUUUUUAAUUAACAUUUCAACAUGUAUUUAUGCAGGAACAACAUCUACAGAUACUGUGUGUGCUGACUGCAUUGGUGAUACUUAUUCAGAUGGAUCAUUAACAUCCUGCCAGCCACACACCAAGUAAGUUCACAUAUGUUUACAUAAAUCAAAAGUGUAAGAUAAAGACUACAAUAAUAUACUAAAGUACAAAUCUACAAUAAAACGGAAAGUUGAAUGAUCAGAUUGGUAUCUCAGACUGUUAUAUUAUGUGUUACAGGUGUAAAUCCUUAGGUCUUCAAGAAGUUAGACCAGGAACUCAUUUGUCCAAUUCUGAAUGUGGACCACAAUCCUCAAAAAUAGAAACUGGAAUCAUAAUUGGUGUUGUGGCAUCAGUCCUAAUAAUAAUAAUAAUAAUAAUAAUAAUAGGAUUUGUAAUUCUGAGGAAAAGAAGUUCAACAGCAGUGAUUUUUUCUCCAGUGACACUAAAUGCUGUAAAGGUAUGUUGAUAUCAUGUACAUUUUAAAGAGUCCAUAUUUUCAUUUUGAACAGUCACUGUGUUAAGGUUAGCUGACCGGUUGUUGUUAUUGUUCUACUUUGGGGCUGAACAUGAAAUGUUUUAUUGAGUAAUAUGUUUCCUUCUAUUAGGCAUCAUCAGAUUUAGAGGAAACACCAAGCAAUGUACAAUGAAACAGAAGAAGGUACAGCGUCUUGCAUGUGUUAGUUUUGGAAGUAAGUAAUGGUGAGUUGUCAAGAACUUCAGCCGUAUGACAAAAGAUGUAUGCUCUAUUACUUCACGUUAUCAAUGCUAUGAUGACAAUUAAGAUAUGGUCAAAGUGCUAUAAAACUAUAGCCUCACUCUCACACGGUCCUUGUUCAUUACUGGUUUAUUCUCUCCCCAGAUUCAAGCUCUGGCCACACUUAUCAUUACAAUGCUACCUGAGGUAUGUCCAGAUUCUGUACACUGUG